CUCCUCCUCUCCCUCACUACCACUAUUUCUAACAGCUGAUUUCCACAUCAGAGAGUGAGAGAGAAACACGGUGAGACAGUCCAGAUUUGGGAUCAGUAGAUCAGCGGCAUCAGAAGAGGGAUUUAAAGCGAAUGAAAAUGCAGGGAAAUCGCUGCAGCGGCCCGCCAGCAUCCGUGAUGAGGAUUUGAGCUCCGCCGCCGCUACUGCCAUCAGCCCGGAGAGGAUGGCUUUCCAUGGAUCCACUCGGCCGACAGUGUGUGGUAACUUGUUCCCUGGAUCAGAGUUAGGCCACAAGUUUUUUUGUGUCAAUGCCACGACUGGUACUACGUCAAUGAGCCUCAGUGCAACGCCAAACCCGACUGGACCCAACGCACCUGCUGGGACUCCCAGGCACCCCGCAUCUCUCGGGGGCAGUGCAGGUGGAGGUGCGGCCAUCCCACAACCUCACAGUAACCCGGCAAGUGAGGUUCCAAGUCCAGCUGAAAUGGAGCCUGAUCGACCUAUCGGCUAUGGUGCAUUUGGAGUGGUCUGGUCUGUGACGGACCCUCGGGAUGGGCGCAAGGUGGCUCUGAAGAAAAUGCCCAAUGUCUUCCAGAACCUGGUGUCCUGCAAGCGUGUGUUCAGGGAACUACGGAUGCUGUGUUUCUUUAAACAUGACAACGUACUGUCUGCCCUUGACAUCCUCCAGCCUCCACAGAUUGACUGCUUUGAAGAGAUAUAUGUGAUCACUGAACUCAUGCAGAGUGACCUGCAUAAAGUCAUCGUUUCCCCUCAGCCUCUCACCACUGAUCACAUAAAGGUGUUCCUCUACCAGAUACUUAGGGGACUUAAGUACCUGCACUCUGCAGGCAUUUUGCACAGGGAUAUCAAACCAGGGAACCUGCUGGUCAACAGCAACUGUCUGCUUAAGAUUUGUGACUUUGGUCUGGCACGAGUGGAGGAACCAGACCCAAAUCGUCACAUGACCCAGGAGGUGGUGACGCAGUAUUACCGUGCUCCGGAGGUUCUGAUGGGAUGCCAGCAUUAUAGUUCAGCUAUAGAUGUCUGGUCUGUGGGCUGUAUUUUUGCCGAGUUGCUAGGCCGACGCAUUCUUUUUCAGGCUCAGAGUCCCAUACAACAGUUGGAUCUGAUCACUGAUCUCCUUGGGACUCCUCCACUUUCUGCCAUGGCAUCUGCUUGUGAAGGAGCUCGGGCACACAUUCUUAGAGGACCCCACAAACCACCCUCACUGUCUGUUCUAUACAUGCUGUCAGAUGGAGCAACACAUGAAGCAGUUCAUUUGCUGUGCCGCAUGUUAGUGUUUGAUCCGGCCAAGCGGAUCUCAGGCAGUGAUGCUCUGUCUCACCCGUACUUGGACGAGGGUCGUCUGAGGUACCACACCUGCAUGUGCAAGUGCUGUUACUCGGUUCCCAGCGGGAGGGUGUACACUAGAGACUUUGAGCCGCCUGCAGAUCGACCUUUCAGCCACAACUAUGAACAGAGCAUGCACUCUGUAUGGCAGGGCAAAGAACUCAUCCAUCGUUUUAUAACAGAGAACCAGCAAGGCAAACGAGUGCCUUUGUGCAUCAAUCCUCAGAGUGCAGCCUUCAAAACAUUUAUUAGAUCCACAGCCUGGCAUUCCUCAAAAGUAUCAAGAAAAGAAGAGAGAUGAGAAGGAUUCUGAAGGGAAUCUGGGAAACAAGGAUCACAGGAGCAGGCUUGUAUUGGGGAAGAUUGAAGAUGGUUCUUGAUGGAUCACAUCCUUUUGAAUGAAUUCUCAGCACUCUUUCCAAGUCAACAUGGGGAUUUCUCCAAAAAGAUAUUUUCAGUCCAGUUCUGUUUUCACAACACUGACUAAUAAUGCUUCUGAUGCUGCUGAGAAAAUGUUUAAACCGACUGUGUGGUCGAAGAUUACGGAAAAUGUAAUUUUCCAUGUAAAAAAAAAUCUCAUGGAUUGUAAAAUAUUGACUGAAUGCACCAACAUUAAUGUUGUGCAAUACAGAUAUCCGGAAUAAUGCAAGUGACCAGACUGCGCUGACAAUGAUUUCAUUGCGCUGGGUCACAGAUGAGAUGACGGUGUUCACAAGCCCAUUCUGUCUAUAGACUUUAAUCACUGUGUUCAGUUUGCGGGUUCUUAGGUUUUGUUCUUAAUAUUCUGGUAACCAAAAGUUCCUAAGACUUCUUUGUUACUGCUUCCUCAUACAAUUUAAGCAUUCCCUGCUUUCUGUUUAACAUCACUCAAAUUUUACAAUAUACUUUCAUACCGUUAUAUAUAAAUUUUUUUUCGAGUUUUACAUUCUUUUUUUCUUCAGUCAACACUUCUUGUAGAGAACAUGGCAUCCUUUGUGCAAAUGAUCUUUUGAGCAAAGCAUUAGAUUUAGAGUUGUAUUCGAAUGCUGUAUAUGGUUGAUGGCGUCUUGUGUUCGAAUGGAUUUCCCUCUCAAUUCUUUAUCUGUGGACUACAAGAUUGUCAUUUACAAUGUCCCAACCCCCUUCCUUGGACCAAACGAGAUUGACACAAGUAUGCUGCUCUCUGAUUGGCUGAGACUCUGUAGGCGGAGAAGAUACUCAUUUUCUGGUUGAAUUGUAUUUAUUUUCUCUCUUUAAUUUAUUGUUGUCUGUCCAAAUUGUUUGGUGUUUGUGUUAGGCAGACCGGGUGUGGGGAGGCAUGAGUGAGCCAUGUGGUCUGUGUGUGUUCUUGAAAAAACUGUGUGGUUUCGGAGAGUAGGGAAUGUGCAGUGUUGUACUUUGAAAUAAUCGAUUACCUCAACAGGCCUGCGGUUCACUGGGCUGGUGUGUAUAGACUGAACCCAAUCAUGUAAAAGAAAUGUACUGUAAUGCAGUCGUUAAUGUCAGAACCACUCUGAACAACAAUCUCUCUUCACUCUUUCUCCUUGUCUCUGGAUCAGUCUACUUUUCUCUCCUUUAGAGUGAGGGAUUGUUGGGACAAUGGGUGAGUUUUAGAAAGUUGUUGGGAAAAUGCUGCUGUUUGUUUGUAUAAUACCUCCAAAACCUCCCCAACACAUUUGUAACAUGUCUAGAGCUCAGGUUUCAUAUAGCUUAAUAUGGACUAGACUGUAGACAGACAAGACAUGUGUCCAUGAGGACUUCCAGUAUCCAGGUGCUCUUGUGUUUAUUGCAGGAAGUGCAAUACAAAAUGUAAAUGCUUCCCUCUUACCACUAGGUGUCAGCAAAAGCACAGUGCGCGAUUGGUUGUAUCAAGGGUGAUCCUCAUCAACAAUGUUUCUCCAAAUGUAUCUUCAAUGCAUGUGUGUAAGGACUUCAUUUGGAUUUGCUAUUGCAGUGCAUUAGGAGUUUUAUUUUAGAAACUUAAAAUGUGCUGUUGCUAUUUAAUUUUAUUCUAGUAACUCAUUUGGUUCUUUUAAUAUUUUUGUUUUCAUGUAUUGUGACCAAUUUUAGGUUUUGGAUUUAAUUUUAAGUUGUUGUUUCAUUACCACUUUUGCUAUUGUGUUGGUAGAAAAAUAAAUAGAUAUCAGAAUAGUGACAGAGGAAUGAAUAUCAAUGGGUUUAGUCUUUUUAGUCUUACCGACUGCCAAGCAGAAAGUGAACAUUUUAAGUAAAUGGUGUAGUCGUAAGAUUAUAGAUGUUAGAGAUUUUUAAGAUGAAGCUGAAAACUUGAUAUUCGUGUUAAUGACUAUUAUGGCAUUGAUAAUAUGAUUGAACAGUUGUUUUAAGAUAGUUAUCAUUGUUAACUGUUUUAUUAUAUAUAUUUUUUUAUUUUAUUUUGUCUUUGCAUUUUAGAAUAUAUAUAUAAUUUUUUUUUUUUUUUUGACUUUUGUGUUCCCAAAAUAUACUUGAAGUUUUUAAGAAAGAAAAAGAAAGUGAAUUAGUGUAAAAACAGACAUUAAAAGAGACAGACACUGGAAACUUUGCCUCUGCAUCUGAUUGGUUUGUAAUUACAAUUGCAUUCAAGAGGAAUUUGGAAAGAUUUGAAUCAUGAUUAAUUCAUCCUAAAAUGAGAAUUCUCUCAUUUACUCACCCUCAUGUUAUCCCAGAUGUGUAUGACUUUCUUUCUUCUGCUGAACGCAACCAUUUUUUAGAAGAAUAUCUCUGCUCUGUAGGUCCAUACAAUGCAAGUGAAUAGUGGCCAGAGCCUUGAAGGUCCAAAAAGAAAAUAAAGGCAGCAAAAAAGUAAUCCACAUG